AUCUCUUGCAACAAAAUAAAACAUCAGUAUUAAGCAUAAACUUCCAUUUGAAGUUCUUAGUUAUUAUUUGCACACACGGAAGUCAUACAUUGCCCAAUAUUGUCGCUCGCCGUCCAUCAGAUGCAGCUAAAAUCGUGCCUUCAUUUACUUUAUGAGUGUUUUAUGCAUCGCCUUCGUGUAAAGAACUGUUCUCUGUCUCUUCGUAAUGAAACUUCAUUCGUGCACGUCUGCCUUGUCAUUGCAUACGUCCAAGAGUCGGGAACUCGUCAAGCUCGUUGGAGCUUUAUUUUAUUCUAUUUCAAUAUCGUGGCAGUACCGGUAGGACUGUCAUUAUCACGAAGCGUUAUACUCAAAAAAAAAAAGAAAGUCACAACGCUUCCUCGAUAGACAAGUUCACGUACGUUAAUGACGGGCGUAAAUGCGCCCCGUUUUGUUCCUCCCGCGACCUUGCCGGGCGUCGGCCGAAGCCGCCGCGCAGUCUAGGAUCGGCAGAUGCCGGGUGGCGCUCGCGCGCCCUAUAAAAGCGCGCGCGGCUCAUCGAUCUCGGCAGCCGGCGGCGGCCAUGGCCAGCGCCCCGUGCUCGCCGCUGCGGCGCAUGCGGCGCCUCAUGGACUCGCUGCCCGAGGAGCCCCCGCCGUGCCGGCGCGAGCUGGCCAGCGGGCCCCUGUGGCGGCGCGUGUUCGUCGAGCUGCUGGGCAGCCUGCUCUUCACCGUGUUCACGGUGCCGCUGCAGCCGCGGAGGCAGCAGGCCGACGGCGGACCCCUGCAGUGCAGCGUGGCGAUGGGCGCGAGCGCGGCGGCGCUCGCGCACUGCCUCGCCGGCGACCUGAACCCGGCGGUGACGCUGUCGCGGCUCGUCGGCCGUCGCCUGAGCGUGGUGCGCGCCCUGCUCUGCGUGGCCGCCCAGUGUUCGGGCGCCUGCCUGGGCGCCGCCGCCCUGUACGGACUGGUGCCCCGCGACCAGCGGCCCGCGCAGCAGCCGCCCCAGCAGCUGGCGCAGGGCCUGCACGCCAGCCAGGCCUUCGGGGUCGAGUUCCUGGGCACCGUGCUGGUGGCACUGAGCGCUCUUGCCGCGGACCGCGCCGCCUCGGGUCCCCUGGGGGUCGCGUACGCGGCCGCCGCGCUAUUCGCGUACCGCUUCACGGGCGCCGGCCUCAACCCGGCGCGCUCGCUGGGGCCCGCGCUCAUCACGAACACGUGGAAUCACCACUGGGUCUACUGGGCGGGACCCAUGCUGGGCGGCCUCAUGGCAGGCUUCACCCACGAGUACACGCGGAGUGCCAGGCUGGGCCGGGAGCCGGCGCACAGCCUGCGGCCCUCGCCGCCCGCGGGCCAGCCGGCCAGGAGCAACCACGUCAAGCGCGACAUCAGCGGGCUCAGCAACGACACCGAGCUCACGCUCACGUCCAACAACGACUGCCGCGUCUGACGCGAGUGGUCCGGCGGAACAGGCGGUGCUCUGUCGAGGACGACACGCGGUCGCGGUUUCGCCGGCGCCGAGGGACUGCGCUUGCGUGGCGCCCGCCGCUCGAAUCCUGCAGCGCCCAGAGUGCGAGUUCGACAGGUGUGCUCGAAGUGGUGCUGCAUGACCGCAAAGGUGGCUUCCCCGCAUUGUCGACCGAGCUCGGUUGAGGUUCAACCUAAAGUGGGACCCCCACGUACGCGGAAAUCACUGCGAGCGAUUCUUCGUUAUCUUUCCCCCUCAUUGUUUAUCUGUUCUGUAACGUGCACGCGAUCACGGCGGGGAAGCAGCAGGAUUACCUUUCUUACGUGGGAGAACCACCUUGCUACGUAAUGCAUGUGCGUCUUUAGCGUUUUGGGCAUCGUGGUCAAAUAAGGUCUACCUAUACACGAAGUGUUCCCUAGCUGCGCAUGUCCCAGUAACAAUCCCCGUGCUGAAAUGCGCUGGUUCUUUCCGGGCCAAAUUUGACUCGGUUCUAUUUCCAGUGACAUUCGGUUCAGGAGCACCGAUAGCCUAUUUGAAUGAAUUCAAUUGAAAUAUGGGGUUUUACGUGCCAAAACCACAAUUUGGUUAAUGAGUCAUGCCGAAUUGGAGGACCCCGGAUUAAUUCUGACCACUUGGGGAUCUUUAACGUGCCUCCAAUGCACGGGACAGGGGCGUUUUUGCAUUUCGCCCCGGUCGAAAUGAGGCCGCCGUGGCCGAGGUUCGUUCCCGCGACCUCGUGCUUAGCAGCGCAACACCAUAGCCGCUAAGCCACCGCGGCGGGUUAAAGCGUAUUUCGUUGGCCGAAAGCGGCACCAGUGGCAUUCUCGGCAGCAUUGUAGCUGGCAAAAAAGGGGGGGCUCAGUUUACAUUCCCUUAUUUCUUUUCUUAUUAUUUUUUUUUACUAUACUAACCACCUGUCGCGAACAAUAGACCAUACAAUCUUGCUGACACGCGAUUUAAAGUCAAUGUGUAUCUUCUUCGCAUACUGUCAACUGGAACGUUAAAAGCAGCAUUCACGUAACUGACCAUAACUUAGUCUUGCGCAUUGAGCAAUGUGUUACUGGCUCUAAACGUUGUAGCUCGGGAUAGGAAGACUCUAUAAAAGAAAGAAAGAAAGAAAGAAAGAAAGAAAGAAAGAAAGAAAGAAAGGAAGACCCGCCAUGUGGAAAAUGCCGGCAUUAUUUACACUAGCCUUCGCAUGCGCACUUUUAACGCCCCGUAAAAGGGAUCUUGCUACAUCAUCGCAAAGGUGAGGUCGCGGACAGGCAAGACACAGGGAACUUGCCGCUGUUAUGGCUGUGGGGCCAGGGGUGCGCACCAAGGGGAGACAUUUCUUUUUAAUUCAAAAGCUUGCCUUUAGGCAUAAUACAAAGCAUGUUAAAAGUACACUCACAGAUUUGACUCGUGCAAAAAAAAAAAAAAUCUAGAAGUGAACGAUGAUGUGGUCCAUGAAUCCAACGUUCAAGGUCGGGUGGGCGGCCAGGCCGAGGCCUGCUGCCUGGAGGUGGCGGAGACGGCUUAGAUGAAGUCCUGGGCAUGGCCAUAGUAUGUGUCACUGUCACAUUUCGGAUUUUUGUGUCACAAAAUGGGCACGAUGCUCCGUAAGGUCCAUGUUACUGUUGUGGCCAGAUAGCGGUCACAGACGGGGUGAGCGCGACCCCGACACGCAGCCAAGGGGAGACAUUUGUAUGCUCGGUGUUCCUAACUGCCCCUCUAUUGCUUCGUACUCCUCACGGGUAGCAAAUUACUGGCCGACCUCAAGCUUAACAGAACGCUUUGAGCAGAUCGGACGGCCACAUCACCGACUAAAGAGCCACUGCGUACUCGGCUACACCAGCCCCUCAAAGGCAGCCAAGCCGUUACAGCAUGGCGAUAUAGGCUAGGAAACAGCACCCGAAUACCCACCAGUUCCCUCGAUGAACUUCAUCGCCUGCCCUUGUUCCAUAUGUUGUAUAGUUGGGAGGCAGUAUAUAAGAACGUCGGCUGGUGUGGGCAAAAAGGAAAUGUUACAGAAAUGCUCAGACACAUCAAAACGGGCGCAACGUUACAAUCGUAUUAUUUUCAGUCACUCCUUACUGUUUCCAAGUGCUGUGUAGAAGGCAGUCUCUGAAUAUACCAGGGACGCUCACUACAAUGGACCUUGACCUCUUGUUGGAAGCGUGUGAUCUUCAAAUUUUAUCAAUCAACAACGGGGGUGGCACACUUCGAGCGUGCCCUACCUAGAUACAAAGUGGUGCUUCGCGGAUACGCUAGUUAGGAGAGUACGACACGCUCGCUGUAUACAGAGUAUAUGUAUAUGCCCAAUCGGCCUGCCUUCAGCCCAAUAGCACAGAAACCCCUUGCGCCAACGUAGCUUCGGCGUCCCCACCCCACCCGCCAUGCUCACUUAAUAUACAGGGGUGCCUCCCCUCUCGGGAUACUGGGGCGCAUAACGCAUGCACCAGUCAGAUUUUUUAUGCGUAGUGAUUGUUUCCCUUUCUUCCUUAGCGUCAUGCUUUCAGAUUUUGUUUGUCUUAAUACCAGAAGUAUGGAAGAAAUAAAACUAGUGUGAGUUGGACAGAAAGUACGUGCACGCAGUUUUGCACAACAAAAGAAGUAUUUUACUCAAAGCAUAUCCGCUAUGAUCCGUUGCCCUAAGAUGCUGCGUUGGAAAUCAUGUAUAUAUGUACUAAGCAAAGUGCAGAAAUGGAGCACCUUCAUCAGUUUCUCUUAGCUCAACGCAGAAAAAGAUAUAAUAUUUCCGAAAUAUUCAUAAAGAUAGUUUGAUGAAAGGUGAAGUGCAGAAUACCUGUCCAAUAAUAAAAAAUACUGCUUGCGUGCGUACAGACAAAAGCACCGGCAGAAUCAUCAAGUAGACGCCGCCAAAACGCCAGCCAUGUGCAUGUUUUCUCAAGCGCCGCCAUAUAGCGUGUUAUCAUCUCUAUUGUUUGUUUAAGGAUUCAAAUAAUCACAGACUCGGUGUCUUGUUGUCAAAGGAACACUCUUUCUCGUCGCUUUAGCCUUAUGCCUGAUAAAAGUGGAGGUCAUCAGUUGAGUCGGCUGAUUACCAAGCUCGAGGCGACAACGCGCAGACGAAGCGUGCUGCUGUCGCCCCGUUCUCCGGUUUCCUUGGACCUUCGCUUCGCAAUAUUUUCGCGCCGCUACUUUCAGCCACGCUUCUGAGCCGAUGAAUAGAGCUCAAAUAGAAAUAGAAAACAAAGAAGAAAACCGUGAUUGCGGUCCACCACUUGAAAUAAAGAAGACUCCAAAACUUAUAACUAUAGCUCAGCUAGUUAACCUUGAUCCAUAUGCAACAGACAUUUUUUUUUUUUUUAACGUGAUGGCCUAUAUUUAUAGGCAGUUAUAUAAUUCCGUCUACAGACACGUUUCUAGAGCUUUUCGGGUUGAAAUCUAUACGUUGCAACUACAUGCCGUAAUCAAAUGAGUUUCCAGAAACUCGAAAGGUCUAGAAGUUGCAUGAAAGGUAAAGUUGGCAUCCAGCGGAAAGCGUAGCGCUACGCUACAAUGGAAAGGCAUACGAAGUUCCUCGGGAAGGAAACGACUGUGCCCUAUAACGGUGGUGGUGAUGGCUUCGUUCCCCGCGCCAGGACGAACUUUUCUUCAGCUGCGAAGGUUCAACUGAGAAACUCGUAACGGUUUUCCUUGCAGCUACGUGCCGCAACAUCUGGUGGAUGCCGAUAAUUUUUCUUUCAUACAACCACGUACAGCAAGGCGGCCACAAGUCUUCGGAGCACAGCAGUUCUGGAAAAGCUACAUUUGCUCGCGGCUUCACCGCGAAACCUGUAUUUUAGCUGUGAAUUCCAGUGGUCGCAUAAUGAAGUACCCGCAGCAUUUUCGAUAUCAGAGCGUGUGCAAUGGCUCUGACCUUCUUCUUAAGUUGUCGUUCUUCGAGGAUCCAGAGCUGCUAAAGCUUUUGCCGUAGGAGGACAGGGGGAAGUGUGCAAACGUCUUUGUUGAAAGCAAAACAAAUAAAUAAAUAUAGGGUGUAUGGUAGGCGGAAAAUGCUGUGGGGCGAAGGGUCCACAGUAGCAGCUCUGGCUUUAAUGGGCGCCCUCUGUGUCAGGUGCCCUCCACUCCCGCCCCUUCAUGCCCUCCCCCCACUUAUUAUAAUUCAGCAUAGAUUUGAAAAGUACCUUGGUAUAGUCGGUCGAUCUUUCCUGGAAUACUCAAAGGUGUAGGGCACACUUUCUUCCCUUAUUAUUAGCAUUUGAUUGGCAUUUUUCUAUUCUACAUCAGUUUCAUAAAACAUUGGCGUGGUCACUUUUCAAUAUUUUUUGUACUUAUUAUUCAUAUUAUUAUCAUUUAAAUAUAGGUAAUGCAGACCAUUACGUUAGCGGGUAGCGUUGCAUUGUGCUUCCAUCGCGAACCUGAAUUGGCCAACCCACCCUCGUGGGCACCUGCCAUACAUUGGAGGUCACUACAAGAACCAUUAUACUUGCACGACAAAUCGCGCACUGUCUAUGGGGUUAAUUAAAAAGAUUUAUUAAAAAAACGUUUUAAUUGUUUACGUUAAGACACAUGUUCCAACUGCGAAAUUGAAUUCGGGCUGCUGCGAAAUCAUGUUCGAGCUUUUCAGGAAAUCCUAAGGCUAGCGCCAUUAUUACGACAUUCGUCCCCCAAAACUGUUACAUUGGCGUUUCGGCUAAGAUCAUCCCGAACUGCUUGACGCACUCGUUUGCGAAGCGGUUAACUGGGACGCUAUUGUAUUUUACAGCACACUCUCAGUACGGCUAUGUAUCGCGAUAGCGGUGCUACGAUUUGCGCUAAGCAAGCAUGACUUCAUUAGUAUUCGGCUUCACUUUCGCAAUUGCAGCGUGCGCCCUGCAGUGAAUAAUAAAAAAAGUUAGUCAGGGAAUAUUUUUUGUAGUUAGCCGCCUGGACAUAGCGGUUUCUUAGUUUUUCUUUAUUAUUAUUAUUAUUAUUAUUAUUAUUAUUAUUAUUAUUUACUUGAUUCUGAAAAUGUACGACAUUACAUAAUUGCCAUGGCGCAAGAGCUAAAGGCGAAGUAAUAUGCCUGACUAGGCUGCUAGCACCGUGGUAACACGAAGCACAGCCAGAAAAUAAUAGCAAAAAAAAACGUGAGCAAAACAUAACCCAUGAUCAAUGGUACACAUUAUUUUGCAUACAAUAAAACACCAAACAACACGAUUUAAGGUGCAGAGGAUAAAGCACACAUUUCAGUACUACGCAGCAAUGUAUACUAUAGUGAUCUGUGUUAUAUAUACAAAACGGCUAGUGAGCACACGAGAACAUCCUUACAAAAAAUCCAGAAAAUACAUUUUUUAUUGCGUCCUGAACGUGAGCAGAGAUGAUUGUUUUAUGAUGUCGAUUAGUGAAGACUGAAUCUUUAGUAAAUUAUAAAGCUGCCAAAUUAAUAGCUCAGUGUCCUAAUCUGUUCUUGCUUGUAUUUAAAAACCAUGUUUGCUUCCAACAGAAUAUGUAGGUACAGCGGUGUAUUUAGAAAAAGCAAGUUUUCACGAUCCCCUUUAGCUAUAGAAGGCGACUUACGUCAAACUUUGAUUGACAUAAGUCUGUAUCUUACCUGUUCCCCUUUUUUUGUGUCCCGUACCUUGUGCCAGAAACAAUCUGUGUAGCAAGCAUAGAUACUACGCACUUUGUGUUGUCUUAUUUGUCUUACAUUUAUUACGUACUUUGUCUUAUGCAAAUUAUUUCCGCCUAUUCCAGAAAUGCACCUGAGGAGGAAGCACAGCGUUGUAUAUCACGGGCAAUUUUUUUUUUUAUCUAUUCAAUGUAAACAAAAAACUGGUGGUACUGCGGUUCAUAGGAGUUCGGAACGGCUAUAGAUUGUAGAAAGCCAUCAGUCGAUAAACAUCAGUUGACAAAAAGUGGAAGGCCAUAGUUCCACAGGCUGUGCGCAUAGAAAUUUAUAGACUGUCUAUAGACUUUCUAAAAAAAACAACGUUUGGCAGGGGCUAUAUCUGGGAUAUCGUUCCAUUCCGCACAUUACGCCGCCCCGCAAAGAGCUGUCAUAGGUGUGCCUCGGACUGACGAAGUGAAUGCCGAAUGCUCAAGUUCGGUCGCACCUCCAUCGAAAUGGCACCGGCGCCGAUGGUCCGCAUUAGUUUAUUUUUAUGCUUUAGACGAUGAGAUCAGCGCGGCGGAUUUUCAUAAACAUGCUACAGUUUAAACAACGAGAGAGGAAGCAAAAUACAUAACAAUCGGGUGAUUAAGAGAGAGGAAAAUGUCUGUUAGUUCCAUUUGCCGUAGCGCGAAGAAACACUGUGUUAGUGCAACGCUGUGCAACUCAUCCUGUUCUUUGUUUGUGCUUUGUUUUUUACAUGAAAAGCAGAAAAAAAAAGGAACCUCGUAUUCUCUUUCUCUCUCUCCGCCUCCGACACAAUUCCUUAUUUUAAGUGUUCCCUCGAAAACUGUGCCCCAGCUUCGGUUAACGCGCUUCCUCAUGUUGGGGCGUAGACGCUGUAUUCCGCCUAUGCCGCGAAACCGGCAGGGCCAUGUAUACUUCUGCCACACGAUCACGUUGGGCGACGCCCAAAAGUACAGUUGUACAUAUUUCACCGGAGUGUCAAGGCCUACAAAGCACAGAGAAAAAAAUGUUAUACGCGAGAGUUUUACCCUCCGGUCUUCAAUGUCACAAGGAUGUAAUUAUGCACGUUUCUCGCACGAAAAUGCAAACGCAGUGGGCAGAAGUGUAUGUGUACAUACAAAGACGAAGGCUGACGGACAGUUCUGUAUAUUUACGUCGAUACAGUUGAGCAGUUUUUUUAUAGAGUCACGACAAUAAAGUAUUUCACCCUUA